AGCGGCUGGCACCCCGGGAGUUGCAGCAAGUACCUAAAGAGAUUGCCGACAUUAACUCAAAACAUUUUAAAGUAAUCGAUCCUUGCGGGCCCCAUUCCUCAACCCUCCAGAUACGGACAGAAGCGAACCGAUACAUGCAUGCCUCCGCCUCCUCUCCUAGCGCCCCCUUUAUAAAAUCCUAGACAAAGCUACCAACAGACUCAUAUUUUCCACCGCAUUCUUUCUCAAGGCAAAGCUACUAAGGGACUCAUACUCUCCAUCUAAUAAGAUGGCCAGAUUCUUAAUUUUUAUGGUCCUUCAUUCUCUUCUUCUCUUCUUCAUUUCAGGGGGUUCAGCGGCGACGUUCACGCUGACGAAUAACUGUGAGUACACUGUGUGGCCGGGGUCGCUGUCAGGGGCGGGCACGGUGGAGCUGGAGACGACGGGGUUCGCCCUGCAGACAGGGGAGUCGCGGAGCCUGAAUGCGCCAGCCAAGUGGUCCGGCCGUUUCUGGGGCCGCACCCUAUGCUCCACCAAUUCCACAACCGGCAAGUUCACCUGCGGCACCGGCGACUGCGGCUCUGGAACCGUAGAGUGCUCCGGUUUUGGCGCCGCCGUCCCGGCGACGCUGGCCGAGUUCACCCUCGAUGGAAGCGGGGGAAUGGACUUCUACGACGUCAGUCUCGUCGAUGGCUACAAUGUGCCGAUGCUGGUGGUGCCGCAAGGGGCCACCUCCCCCGGCGGGAACUGCACCGCGACGGGGUGUCUGGUGGACCUGAACGGCGUUUGUCCGUCGGUCCUGAAGGUGGUGCUCGCGAGUGCCAACGGCGGGAGCGAGAGCGUAGCGUGCAAAAGUGCGUGCGACGCAUUCGGGUCGCCGCAGUACUGCUGCAGCGGCGCCUACGGGAACCCCAGCACAUGCAAGCCCUCGUCGUACUCUCAGUUCUUCAAGAACGCCUGCCCCCGCGCGUACAGCUACGCCUACGACGACGCCUCCUCUACCUUCACCUGCUACAACGCCAAUUACCUCAUCACCUUCUGCCCCAGCACUGCCAGUGAGAAAUCAGCUGGCGAUGAUCCGAAGGCGGCGGCAGCGCUGCCCUUGAUCAACAGCACCAUGGCCUUCCUCAGCGGCGAUGAAGUCAGCAGCGGCGAUGCCUCGCUCUCCGUGCCGCGCGCGGCGCUUCUCUCCGUCUCUCUCGCCGUCCUCGCCGCCUCCUCGCUGCUAUCGCGACCCUACUAAAAGUCGAAACGGUUUACCCGCUAUCCCAUACCUAACUAGCGUGCGGGAGGGGCCGCACGUGGCGGUUUGGCCCGCCCGCUUCGCGCCCGUCUUGCCGCUUUGUGCGCGAGAGGGCCGACCACCACAAUUUUCUGUUUUUUUUUUUUUUUUUUUUUGGGUGAUACCGCCUUUUCGCCUUCUCCCAGUUCCUUUUUUGAUAAGACGCCUUCUCUCUAUUUGGACCGGCUCUUUCGUCUCUUCGAUGCAAGCUUCUGCUGCUGGCGAGGUGACGAUAGUGCGACAAGGAACGAAAUUUGAAGCCGGCUUUUUGACCUUUCUUUCCGCGCUUGCGGAAAAACUUUGGUUGCCGCCUGUACGAAAUAUUCUGGACGAUUUUUUUUUCUUUUAAUCUUUCUAUAUGUUUCGGAUAGGUGGUUGCCAUCGAUUUUAUAGUAGUUUAUGUGAAAACAUUGAAUAUUGUAAUCUUAUUCACAAAUAGACAAGGUUAAGAAUGCUUAUCAAUUAUUUUGGAUCUUAUGUAUUACCAUUCUUCUCU